AUGGAGGUAAAGGAGGAUAAGCAGCAAGAGCAUAAAAUAGAAGAUGCUGGUAUAGUGUAUGUAACUGAAAAAAAAGAAGAAAUCAAACAUGACAAAAAACCUGGAAAAAGUAUACAACAUUCAAAACCAUGUGUCGGGAGAGGACGUGUAUAUUAUGCGAAAUUCAUUCAUACAAACGCAAGAACAUUCAAUGAACCAGUUCCCUACAUAGAUCCCAAAAAAGGGCCAGAAAAGCAGGGUGACUGGUGGUCACAUGGUAAAAGACUGGAGCAUCCCUUCCAACCAUCUUAUGACACUAAGAGCACCCAGAGGAGUGACUUUCAAAAACCAGCAUGUCCAUUGGUUUUGCCAGUCAAACACAGCAAGUUGCAAAAGCCUUCUUGUGGAAUAGUUCCACUUGCCUCUCCUGAUGCAUCAGAACUUCAAAAGAAUUUUAUACAGCACAUCUCUUUUUUACAUCAAUAUGAUGCUAGGAAAAAUCCCAAUGAGCCCAUCCGGGGAAAGCGACAUGGAGCUUUUGUGCAGACAGAGAUAAAACCAGGGAGUAGGCCAAUAGUUCCUACGGGAACAGAGGUAUUACGGAAUGCUCCGGGGUCAUGCUCAUCAGAAGUGUCCAAAAAAACAGAGAAAGGAAACUCAGCGGAAAGCAAAAUGAGCUCACCAGGUCUCUGCCGACAAAAUUCCCCAGAGCUGUCAGAGACUGAAGCUCCCUUAUCAGAAACAGAUGUCAGAGAGGCAGCCAAGGCAUGCCCCCGAAGUCCUGAGAGAAGGGAGAAGGUCGCAGACAUCUUCCAAGUAACUGCAGUAAACGUUCUUCUCCCCAGGCAUGAUCAUUUCAAUCCACCAAUAAAAAGUCAGGAUAAGUCAGGAUAA